AUGUGCGCGGCGAAAGGGGGUGGUAAAUAUAGACUCACGUGUGCAACGCCCGGUCAGUGCGGGGCGGCGAGCACAAGCAAUAGAACAGCGAGCGUGGCGCGGCGCGCGGCCUGGCCCGACGCCGCAGCGCCUGCGCACACCGCCGCGUCAGCCCAAGGGUACGCCAACCGUAUAUCUCUGACCAUCUUUCACGAAUAUCUCGUGGAAGAUGUCAGAACUUAA